AUGACAGAACUCGGCAUCAGACUGUUGUCCCUAGAUGGAGGGGGAACACGUGGGCUUUCCGCACUCUACACACUCCGGGAAAUCAUGAAUGGCAUCGCUCCGGAUCAUGGCGGUGACCUACGGCCGAAUGAGUAUUUCGACUUGAUCGCAGGCACAGGUUUGAAUGGCCUUUGUGCACUCCUGUUUGCUAGAUUCUGCUAUACUGUAGAUGAAGCAAUAUCGUUCUUUCACGAUAUCUCACAAAAGCUUGAUGAUGUUGUUAACUUCCGCGACAAGGUGCUCAGAGGAGACGUAGAAAAGGACUUACAGGAUUGGGUGGAUUGUAUGAGCGAGUACAAUGAUCCAAGGCAGCAGCUGGAGGCUCUGAGGCAGGGCAUGAUCCAGGACUGCUGGUCCGAAGUCAUCGAAAAGAACGUCUCGGAUGGCUUAGAUCGAUACGAGCACAUGGAGAAUGGCAAGUUCGACUUCAAACGAAUUUCUGCACAUACCGAGGUUGGUAGAUGUAAAGUUUUUGUUGUCUCAUCUGAAUCUCAAGGAUACGGUGCCAAUGGUGGGGUGAGUCCCGAUAAUCAAUAUCAUGUUCCGAAACUCCACCGAACCUACGAGUGCAGACAUGGAGAAACAACCUACACUUUGUACGCCGUUGGCCUUGGAACAGUUGCUUCGCCGGAUAUCAUGAAACCUGGUGUCAUAUUUCCUGAGUUACUGGCCACUGGUGCACAUUCGCAACACAAUCCCACUUGUCUGGCGUUGGAAGAAUGCCGGAAGCUAUGGCCCGGGCUUCCUGUUUCUACUCUAUUAAGCAUCGGAGUUGGAACCUUUGAUCUUGAGCGUAGCUACCUCGAGCCUGCCAUGGAAGAAACAGCGGCUGCAUGUCUUCAAAUCCUUGAGAAAAACAAAGAGUUAAACAGCCACCUCGAACAAUUCGUGCUGCCUUUCGAUGCAGAACUUCGACGAGCCUACUUUCGUUUUGAAAAUCCGUACCCGAAUACAUUUUUCGAACAUGCUCAAAGGGACAGAAUACUUGGAGAAAUCAAAACCUGGGCCAAAACAACUACGACCGAGACUAAGAUUGGCAUGCUAUGCAAAGCCCUGAAAUCAAGUCGCUUUCCUAGAUCUCCUGAAGACUCACUUGCACUGAGCUCCUUGGCUUCUCUCCUGGGGGCACUGAGUACUGCGGGCUAUGCACAUGAAGCCCUGACCGUGAGUGACAUCUUGCCGAGUUACCUACUAUAUGAAUCAUCUUUGGAUGGCGAUGGGUCUUUUCGAAAGCUUCAAAUCGCGGCCAAAGUCGAAGCACUAUCGAGCGAAGUAUCCAGUCGUCACAGAAUCUACACAGAUCAUGACAUCGCCUCCACACCAGCAGUACGAUCUGAAGCCGCAAUGCUCAAUGGGCUCAUUACUUUUGAUAAUAAUCUCGCAGGGAAACCAGGGAGUCCUCGACCACUGGAAACCAUUUACGACUACGUGUCUGCAAUAUAUUACUGCCUUGCUUUACUUCGGGAACAAGAUGAGUCUCAGCUAGCCCACCCUGCCUUUGCGAUGCACUUCCAGGAGCUAUGCUUUAUCUGGGAUUUACCCGCAACAUCGAGUCCCGACAUUUUGGAAGCCAUGGAAGACCUUCUCGAACUGGCGACAUUGGCUGCUCUGUCUGAUGCGGCCACUGUGCAGCUGCUUCAAGGGACUAGAAGUCUCGCUUACAAUGGAUCAUUCAUCAGACACCUCUGCAACACGCUCGUUGGGCUCCAUAUCAGUGAAAAUUGCCAACUAAUCACUGAUCCAAUAGCCACCAUGCUAGCGCUUCUGAUCGAAGCGAAGUACUGGUCACCUACGAGUGAUGGUGCCAUCUUGGCUUUGCUGAAGUCAGGUGGUACGGUGGAAGACAACUGGUGCCUGGUCAAUUUGGCAUUGGCUCGAUUGCAGAUGGAGAGCUCGAUCCAAAACACACCUUCAGAAGUUCAAAACACUCUGUCGAAGUGUACAGCUAUUGUGGAACUUCAUUGCGAUGCCUGGAAGGCGACGGCACAGACGAUGAUCGUAAAAUUUGUGGAGCGCGGCUGGUUCCCGUUGAUCAGGAAGUCCCUUUGCUCGCAACACCUAACAUCCGAUGAUCGACUGGGGCAGAGUGCAGAUUUUGCGAACCAUUCAGAGGUCGCAUUCCGCUCUGUUGUCCAAGCCGGUUAUCCAUUCGUUCUCAAGACAAUGCUAGAGUGCUUGGGUAUGAACUUCUGCAAACAUCUCGUCAACCAGCCAGACGAGCGUGGACUCACGUCUUUGCAUUUAGCCUGCAAAAACCGAGCACCCAAGAGAGUAUUCAGGAUCCUUCAGAUUCUUCUCAGCGAUGUCAAUCAGAGAUGCAAACAUGGACGGACGCCACUCUCCUAUUGUUUCCCCGAUCAAACCGAACUACCCUCGCUUAAUCGAGACAUUCUGGAUAUGAUUACUGAGUUCUCACUUCCUACAAUUGCCCCAUUCGACUUACCCAGAGCCUUUGGUGGCCAUGGUAAUGGCAAGGAGAUUGACCCCCGCACCGCAAACUUCCGGGUAAUCGUAAGCAACCUGAUUUGCAGGAAUGCCGAUAUUUCCAUUGAAGAUAACAAAGGCAUGACGCCGCUCCAUCACGCCGUCAGUAACGGAUGGGGGGAUAAUUCAGACGUCUUUUUCAUGUACAGCCACGGCGGUCUAAACGAACAGCAAGUGAAGGUCUUAACAGCUCGCGAUCACGAAAAUCUCACCGUCCUUGACUAUUCGCGGACCACUGGAAAUCAGGGUUCAAAGCAAGGAAGAGAACACAUUAUCAUGGCGGAGAUGAACAAACGAGCCAUUUUCGUUCCUCCAAAGUCGACCAAUACCGCUCCGGUCUAUGACAUCUAUUUGUCAAUGCCAUUGGGUCGACCGAGGCUUCCGACACCUGAACCUCAACCUGGAAAUGAGAGACGACCCAGGAGUACACCAAGCCCACAGCCAAAUGCUCCACGAUUCCCACCGCCUCUUGUUUAUCAGGAUCCAUCUCUCAAUAGAUGA